AUGGGCAACAAACCCUCAAAACAACCAGGUCCGCAUGCUACUAGCGAUGCUGGCAAAGCCAAUGACACCCACCGCGUCAGGAGGCGCGACGUAAUCCGUGAUAUCUUCGGCUUCUCCAGAUCCAAGACAAAAGAGGUCGAUGCCACGGCCACUAACCAGGCAGUGAGUACUCAAACCCCUCCUCAUGUUGUAGGACCACUUACUGCAUCCUCAGCCAGUGACGUUCACCCAGUUGCCGACCAAGCUGUCAUUUCCACGCCUCCUGUUGACAAGUCCCUGCCUGCACCUGUUAAAACCAAGAGGAUGUCGAACAUCUUUCUCGAGAACUUGGCUGCACCUAUGAUGAAGAUUGAGUUGCCUGCCGUCCAGGAUCGCAUUGAGGUCACCCAGCAGUUGGCCUAUUGUAAUGCCUUGCUUCUCCAUGGUUCAUCUCCUCCCCAGGCCACUGCUGCUGAACUUGAAGAGCAGGCCCCCGAUCCCGCCAUAACACUGCAGACGAACCCAAACCUCGACAAGAAGGAACUUGAUUGGCUUGCAGAGAUGGACAAGAACUUGCCUGCAAAGGAACGUAUCUCCUGGCUGGGAACACGCAUGGUCGACGAGUUUGCCAAAGAUGUCCUCAAAGACUCGACUGAGAUUGCCGAGAUUGUCCUUCUUGGCCCUGUCUUGGACAAGGAGACUUACCGCAGCCUGCUGUCAUGCACCAUCACCGCAUUCGAGCAAUCCGUUCUUCUGAAUGUUGAUCUCCUGCAAGGCCUUGUUCAGCUCGUCCAAGUGGCCCCUCCUGACUCUCUGGUCUCGGACGACUUGGUCAAGAUCCUCCGAGUCCUUAGGAUUUGCUUGCAGGACACCCACCAGCAGUCCUCGGUGCACCCUUUUCAUCUCACGUUGGCACUGUCGCGACUUCUUGACGUGAUGGCAGAGCACAAGGUCAAGGAUUUGAACCGCGUCGAGGAUCAUGAGCCUCUGUCGGGAAUCUUGUCAGGACUGAAGGGUAGCUCGGAUCCAUACCUGAUGUACCAAGCUUGCUAUGCGUUCCAGGCGCUGCAAUAUGUCCCUGAUGAUGAGAGCGCUCUUCAAUCAGUUCUUCGACAUGGGACUGGAGUUGUAAAUGGCCUCAUCCAGGUUUCUGGUGUAUUUAAGCUGGAUCUAGGAGCAGUUCUUGAGGGUCUAAGCAACCUUCAAGAAGCACUCGGUGGGAUCAUGGUAGUUGCCAGAGAUGUUUACAAGGGUAUGAACUCUGUGAUGGAGAGCGGCCGCGGAGUUCUGGAUGGUCUCAAGGAAGGAUUCUCUGAAGGAAAGAAGCGUCCAUGGUACGCAGCCAUCCGUGUUGCUCAGGCUCUUCUCCAAGCUGGCCAGUUGAUGGAUCUCAACCAACUCAUAUACGAGGCACCUUGUCGUGGUGACCCCUUGUUCCAAUGGGGUAUCUGCCAACUUCUGGGAGAGAUGGCAUCCGAUGUCAUGUGGGAUAUCAAUGUCCGCCUGCAAGCCGUCGUCCUUCUCGGAGACCUGUACAAGAACGAUUCACAGUGGGGGGAGGAUGAGAGCGUCAAGACCUGGAUGGUUAACAUUAUUGGCCAACUAAGUACCGUUUCUGACCAGAUCGUCAAGACCAUCGUCAUUGCCUUACUCAGAGACAUCCACCAGGAUCAAGGCACCAGCACCCGACUUCCUUACCCACUGAGGAGCCGUCUUCCUCCGCCUAAAUCGUCUCCAAUCCUGGCCCGCGUUCAAAACAUUACACCACUCGAAUACGGUUUGUCCCAAUAUCAACUCCAGCGAAAACAGCAGCACCACCAGACGGUCUAUAUCCCACCGUUGGCGAAACCUAGUCUGAAGGCCAAAGAUGAGGAUGUCUUCCCUCUGCUGGAGAAAGUCCUAGAGUUCCUGGCAAGUGAGCGACAAGUGAUGUUGGUACUGGGGGACUCUGGGUCUGGCAAGUCGACAUUCAACCGCCAUCUCGAACAUCGACUCUGGACCGAUUACAAGCAGGGUGGACCUAUCCCCCUGUUCAUCAACCUUCCCGCCAUCGACCGGCCAGAUCAGGAUUUGAUCGCCAAGCAUCUGCGGGCCAACAAUUUCAGCGAAGACCAGAUCCAAGAGAUGAAGCAGCACCGCCAACUCGUACUCAUCUGCGAUGGGUACGACGAGAGUCAGCAACAGGGCAACCUUCAUCGAAGCAACGCUCUGAACCAGCCAGGACAGUGGAACACCAAGAUGGUCAUCAGUUGUCGCACCCAGUUCCUCGGAUCCGACUACCUCAUUCGGUUCAAGCCGCAGCCCACAGACCGAUACGCCUCUGGUUCUCAGGAUGUCUUCCAAGAAGCUGUCAUCACCCCCUUCUCCAAGGAUCAGGUCGAGAGCUAUGUCGAGCAGUAUGCCCAAGAUUCACAGACGGCGCUUUUAUUCAGAAACCAGAACCAGUCUGCCUGGUCUUCGGAGGAGUACAUGUACAAGUUGUCGGCCAUCCCCAAUAUCAUGGAUCUCGUCAAAAACCCAUUCUUGCUCACUCUCGCUCUCAAGGCUCUGCCUGGCCUGGUCGCUUUGAACAAGGAUCUUGCGAGCAUUCGCAUCACCCGCGUUCGUCUUUACGAUAUGUUUGUCGACCAAUGGAUGGAGACGAACCGACUACGCAUCCAACCCAACACGCUGAGCCAGAAGGACCUGGAGGCAUACACCCCUAUGGAGAACGAUUUUAUCGGGUACGGCGUUGACUACCUGCUACGUUUGGCUGCGGCCAUUUUCAGGGAGCAGGGCGGCAAGCCGGUUGUUCAGUACAACCAUCUACUGGAAAGGAACUCUUGGAAGGCGGAGUUCUUUGGACCUGAUCCCCAAGCCAAAUUGCUCCGUGAGGCCUCCCCGUUGACUCGCACCGGCAACCAGUUCCGGUUCGUACAUCGAUCCGUGCUGGAAUAUCUCCUCUCCCGCGUCAUCUACAACCCGGUCGAGACUGUGGAGAAAGUCAUGGAUCCAGAAUCUGAGAUCGCACCCCCCACCGUCCUCUUGUCGGACGGCAACGGCCCCUUGUUCCAAAAGGACCUACUUGCUGAGCCAUCCAUCAUCCAGUUCCUGUGCGAUCGGGUCAAGUCGACCCCUGAUUUAGAGCAACAACUUCGCGCUGUGAUCGAUCUGUCCAAGACCGACCUCAGCGCUGCGAUUGCUGCCACUAACGCCAUAACGAUUCUCGUCCGGUCUGGUUUGACCUUCCACGGUGCCGAUCUCCGUGGCGUCAGGAUCCCUGGUGCCGACCUUUCCGGUGGUCAGUUUGACUAUGCGCAGUUCCAAGGAGCAGACUUGAGGGAUGUCAAUCUUUUGAGAAGUUGGUUGCGAGAGGCGGAUUUGAGCGGCGCAACGAUGGAUGGUGUCCAGUUUGGGGAACUCCCGUACCUGGAGUUGGAGAAGGAUGUGGGUGCCUGUGCCUACACGUCUAAUGGAAGACUGCUUGCCGUGGGUGCAAUUAGUUGGAGAACCGGUGCUAGCAUUGGCAUUUACGACACCUCAGCAUGGACGAGAACCUAUUCCUUUACAGGACCGGAUAACAUGGUAACUAUGGCAUUUUCACCCGAUGGCACAAGGGUCGUGUUUGGAGGGUUUGGUGGGACGGUUAGGCUGUGGGAUUGUGCCAGCGGCGAAGAGAUGUUCGUCAUGGAAGGGCACCAGGAUUAUGUGAACUCCGUUGCCUUUUCUCCCUGUGGCAAGCAAAUCGCCUCAUCCAGUGGUGACAAGACAGUACGAGUGUGGGAUUCUCGGACCGGGGAGAGUGUCUUUGUCUUGGAGGGUCACACGGACUAUGUCAGAAGCGUCAAGUAUUCUCCGAGCGGAGAGUGGCUGGUGUCGGGCGGUUCUGAUGAUACGAUUCGGUUUUGGAACUCGGAGACUGGAGAAGUAGGGAUUGUUUUGGAGCCUUCCUUGGGUGAGGUUUGGACUCUUGCCUUUUCUACUGAUGGACGGUGGAUUGCUUCUGGUCAUGUGGGGGGUGGAUUGCAACUUUGGCACGCGGAGUCUGGAGAGCCAGGUCCUGUCUUGCAUGGCCAUACCGGAGACCUUACGGGUAUUGCGUUUUCUCCAAACAGCCGGUGGAUCGCUUCAUCCAGCCUGGACGGAACAGUGAGACUAUGGGACGCGUCGACAGGCACUCCCAUUAACAAGCUGUCAGGCCACAUGGCAGAAGUGAACGAUGUCGUCUUUUCUCCAGAUGGCCUUCAAAUCGCAUCGGGUGGGAAGGACAACAGAGUGCGACUGUGGGAUGUUGACUCUAUUUUGACGUCGAGUGUUCAACAACAGGAUCAACUGGAAGCUAUACAAAGGACGAUGUACUCCCCGAAUGGUCAAGCUAUCCUCGUGUUCGGCAGCAACUAUACCAGGAGCAGCCAAACCGUCCUGCAAUGGGAUUCUAUAACAGGAGCGCCCGUACCACUUUCGAUCGAGUUACCUGAAUCUCGAUCAGUCAUGUCCGUGUCAUAUUCAUUAGACGGCAUCCCAACCGCAGCCGUCGAUCAAGACGAAACUCUUCAAUUGUGGGAGCUUCAGGAAGGAGGACGAAAGACUACUUUGGAAGGCUCAUGGUCGGCGAAUUACGUUACCGUGUCGCCUUGCUGUCGCUGGAUCGUGUCUGCUAACCUGUACAACACCGUGGUGCUGUGGGACCUUGCCAGCACUCAACAGAAGCACGUACUUAUUGAGUAUGGCGGAGACGAUGGCGAGAUGAUCAAUUGCUUGGUAUUCUCGGCGACCGGACAUCAGCUCGCAGUCGGAACUGGUUCUGGCAGCAUCUGGCUCUUUGACCCUCAAUCGAAAGGUCUGAUAAUGUCCAAGUCGAUACUUGUGGGUAUUGGGGCGAUGUCGUUUUCGCCAGACGGCCAGCAGCUUGCAGUAGGAACCACUGCUUCCUGGAUCAAUUUUUGGAGCUUACAGUCAGAAGAGCGUGCUAUCGACCUGAUGGGACACGCAGGAUGUGUGAAUAGCAUUGCUUACUCACCUUGCGGUGAAUGGAUUGCUUCCGGCAGUUGGGACAAAACAGUUCGAGUCUGGCGCAGGCGGCAACCACCAGGCGAUGCGGAGAACUGGUCAUGUGUCUCGACGGUCUGUAGUUACUUUGAUAUGGUCCUUGACAUUGCCUGGAGUCCGACCGUCCCUAUGGAGUUUGUCACCGGUUGCAGAGACGGAUCUGUCCGAGUCUGGCGAGUGUCGAGCGAUGGUGGGGAUGUUGUCGUCAAGCUACUCUGGGGUACCAAUCUUGCGGUUCUCAACGCCGAGGGUCUUGUGCUCAAGGGUACGAUUGGUCUUAGUCCGAUGCAAAAGAAGUUGUUGGUCCAGAGCGGUGCCAUUGAUGACUCUCUGACGGAAGGAGGCGAACAAGACGAUUAUACGAGCUCUGGUGGAGAUGAAUCUGAUGAUGAGGAGCCGUUGAAAGCAUAA